AACUGUUGAUGUUCGUGGUUUGGCCACAGUGAGGCGCCAUACACAGGAAGUGACGUCACGGCUAGCGCUGAUAACCUUGAUACUAUAGAAGACACUCUACAUUCACCCUGCAACUGUCUAGUGUUGAAAGGCUGAAACACCCUGAUACACAAAGGCACACUACUGAUGAUGAUGUCUGAGAUCCCUCACGCCACUCUCAACAUCAAGGCUUUGAGGGCGGGGAUUUGAAGAGAGAGAGUGCGUGAGGUGUGUUUGGUGAUUCGGAUUCAGUGAAGUCAGUGAUGGAAGGAGAUUCAGUCACUUUAGACAUUAUUGUGACUGAAAUACAGGACAUGAACAGGAUCAUAUGGAAGUUUGGAGCUAACGAGUCAACCAUAGCUAAAAUAAAUAAAGAGUCCAGUAAGAUAAAUGAUGAUGUUCCUGAUGGGAGAUUCAGAGACAGACUGAAGCUGAACAAUCAAACUGGAUCUCUGACCAUCACAGACAUCAGAGACACACACUCUGGAGUUUAUGAAGUGAUCAUCAGCAAAAGCAGCAGAAGCAGCACAACCACACACAGAUUCAACGUUACUGUCUAUGCUCACCUGCCUGUUCCUGUCAUCAGUAGAGACUAUUCUUUAUUAUCUUCAUCAUCAUGUUCACUUGUGUGUUCAUCUGUUGUGAAUGUGAGUGAUGUGACUCUGUCCUGGUACGCAGGAAUGAGUGUAUUGUCCAGCAUCAGUGCGUCUGAUCUCAGCAUCAGUCUCUCUCUACCUCUGGAGGUGGAAUAUCAGGAUAAAAACACCUACAGCUGUGUGCUGAACAAUCCCAUCAGCAACCAGACCACACAUCUGGACAUCAACACACUCUGCCACACAUGCGCAGAAGUCCGCGUCCAUUGUUGUGAUUCUGUUGAAGCUGUGCUGCGAUUGGUCGUCACUGCGCUGAUGGGCGUGGCUGCUGCGGUUGCUGUUGUUCUUCUGGUCAAUGAAGUCAGAUCUACAAGAAUUUAAAUAGAGAAAACAGAACAGAUAUUAUAAAUAUUUUGGCAUAUGAAUAUAAAUCCGUAAAGAUGUAAAAAUUAGUGGUUUAAUUGCCUAGCGAUAUGAAACAACUAUUUGCUUACCAAUGCUUUGGUGUAUUCAAAACAAUGAAUAUUCUAUAAAAUUUCAUCUUAAUCUUCAAUGCUUUCCAUUUUACAUUCCUGUUAAUCCCACAGUUUUAAUUA